CAGAUGUUGGGUCAGUGGAAGGGUUGGCGUAUCAUCGGGCCUGGGACACUUUAUACUGGACCAGUUACACCACGUCCACCAUCACCCGUCACAGUGUGGACCAGAGCCGCUGGGGGGCUUUUGACCGGGACAUUGUAGUUACCAUGUCAGGAGAUGACCACCCACGGGCUUUCGUCCUGGAUGAAUGUCAGAGCUUGAUGUUUUGGACCAACUGGAAUGAGCAGUCGCCUAGUAUCAUGCGCGCUCAGCUGUCUGGAGCCAAUGUCCUGGUGAUCAUUGGCAGGGACAUCCGCACUCCCAAUGGACUCGCCAUCGACCAUCGUGCCGAGAAGCUCUAUUUCUCGGAUGCUACGCUUGAUAAGAUUGAGCGCUGCGAGUAUGAUGGCUCCCAUCGUUAU